AUAUAUAUAUCGGUAUAUACAUAUAUAUAUUAACAUGACUUUUACCCCAAUUUCCCACCCCCCAAAAAAGUCUCCCAGAUGCAAGUAAAAGGACAGACUCAGAUUUACAUUCUAAAAUAAAUGAGGCAGAAUAUGAUACUAAAUUCUAAAUUAACUAAUACUGACUCUAUGAUAUUGCGCACCUUGAGUUAAAGAAACAUCUCCUCUGCCCCAAUUUCCUUUUGUGUGUUUGUGUGUGCUAUUGUGUUUGGGGUUUUAGGAGCGAUAUAGUGUCUCUGGUGGGGGAUGCCUUGUGCCCCUUCUGGACUUAGGAGACACCCAAUCCCUCCAUAGAGAGCUGCGCUGUAAAAGCCAACCCCCAAAUGUUUCUGUUACAGAUCCCCACCCUGCGCUCAGACCUCGCCUGUGGCUCCUGGAAGCUGCCAACAGGCGGCAGCGGCCACUACCCUGACAAACGGCUUCGGCCGGCCGGCUAAACCAGGUGAGGGAGGGAGCCAGUGGGUUUCUCAAACCCUCGGUGACUGAGGAGCUUCCCUUGCAUGUGAAGACAGGAUCCAGUGGAUGGAGCAGACUAGAUCAAGAGGGGGUCCAACAUGUGCUGUAGAGGGAAGUGAGAGGAAGACAGAGCUCGUCCACCUGGGAACGGAGCCCACCUAGGAGAAGGAAAACUCUGAUCUAGUCUGCUCAAUCCACUGGAUCCUGUCUUCGCAUGCAAGGUUGGAUAAGCACCUUGUAUGCCUCCUUCUGGCAACUCUGGCCGCUCAGCUGGUGCCCAAUGUCUUGCUCUCUUUUUCCUUUGGAUCACAUCAGUGAGGCUAGACGGGGGGGGGUGGUCUUGUCGUCUGGGCAGCCCGGGAUUUCCAGACGCACCGCCCAGGCUUGCACCCCGGAGAGGUCUCUUCACCCCCGAAGGUGCACUCUGUUGUGUCUCAAGACAGACAAAUGCCAGCAACAAAGCUGUGCUGGGUGCAAAGAUUUGGAGCGCUGUGACUCACAAAAAAGUUAAACCAGUUGAGCUUGCAAAUGCAACCCUACUUAUCCAACAGUGAGCCCCCCAUUGAUUUUAAUAGGACUUACUUCUGAGCAGACUUGGGUAGGAUUGCAUAAGCCUCUCUUGGCCUUAUUCAUUUUAUUGAUUGAUUGAUUACAUUUAUAGACCACCCUGCAUCUGAAGAUCACAGGGUGGUUUACAGCACAGAAAUACAAAACGAGGACACAAAAUACAUAAAAAAGAAAAAAAACCAAUAAUCCCUCUUACGGAACCUAUCAGGUUGUUUUUUAGCUUAUGUCUAAAGCCAUAAGGGACGCGGGUGGCGCUGUGGUCUAAACCACAGAGCCUAGGGCUUGCCGAUCAAAAGGUUGGCGGUUCGAAUCCCCACGACAGGGUGAGCUCCCAUUGUUCAGCCCCUGCUCCUGCCAACCCAGCAGUUCGAAAGCACGUCAAAGUGCAAGUAGAUAAAUAGGUACCACUCUGGCGGGAAGGUAAACAGCGUUUCUGUGCGCUGCUCUGGUUCGCCAGAAGCGGCUUAGUCAUGCUGGCCACAUGACCUGGAAAAACUGUCUGCGGAUAAACGCCGGCUCCCUCAGCCUGUAAAGUAAGAUGAGCGCCGCAACCCCAGAGUCGUCUGUGAUUGGACUUAACGGUCAGGGGUCCCUUUACCUUAAAGCCAUAAGAACUAGAAAUUUGACUGUUUAAUUUUUUAAAAAUCCAUUGAAAAAGAAAAGAAAAAGAGAGGUCCCAGUGUAGACGUCCAUUAUAGAACUGACACAAAGAAAGAGAAGAAUGAAAUAAAAUUUGAGUUUUGAGUAGGUGCUGAUAAAUGAAUUGAAAAUACCAAAUUCUGCACUAGCACAAUGUGAUAAUAUAUACAGAUUAUAGUAAACACAACUGCUAAAUUGCAAGUGGUGCUACUUUAAAGCUGCGGAUAUCAGGUGGUACUGAAUGUUUGCCACAAUCUGACUUAAAUCCAUGUACAGUGGUACCUCUACUUACGAAUAACUCUACUUACGAAUGGAGCUCCGUCCGCCAUCUUGGAUGCGGUUUAGAUAGGAUUUUUUUCUACUUACUAAUUUCUAGGUAGGGUUGCUUCUACUUACGAAUUUUUUCUCCCAAUGCAUUCCUAUGGGAUUCGACUUACCAUUUUUUCCGACUUACGAAUGUGCGUUCGGAACGCGUUAAGUUCGUCAGUAGAGGUACCACUGUAUUUUAAUGGGCCUACUUUGAAUAUGACUUAGUUAAGUAUCACCCAUAUUUCAUGAGGUUGAUACCUCAAGUUUCUAUAAUGGCAAAUGAUAGAUAGAUAUCCUCUGAUUUAACACUUUGUAGUUGUGUAAUUAACUUUAGAGUCUGUCGCUAUUCCUGUUACUCUUGCUAGUACUAUUUUAUUAAUGUUAUCAUUUUUUGUUCUUUCAUCGUGUUUUGGAACGGGUGCAUAAUAUCUCAAGAUAAAAUUUAUAUGUUAACAGGUGUCAUUUGCUGCAUAUCUCAGAACAUGCAUAGGUGGCACCCAUGUUGCUGUAAGGCCGACGGCACAACCGUUCCAAAACCUUUCCCAGAGAAAUGGGAGGUGAAACUGCUGGGUUGUUGUUGCUGCUGCUGCUAUGCCUGCACCCUCUUAAUGCACCUCCCUUGCUUCAUCCACACAGACAGGAUGGGAUCAUUCCAGAUUUUGGCACGUUUUGUGGCUUUCAAGGAUAUUACCUCUGUCUCCACUUCGGGCUCCAUCUGUCUUUAGCGGACCAGCAAGGAAGAGCGGGUGGGGGAGCCUUGCGCCAGACCUCUGUCUGUUCAUCUCAAAUAUUUAUAUCCCUAGAGAGAAAAAGCUGCCCGCCUCCUACAUUCCCGUGAUGGAUGCCAUUUUGCCAGCCUUAGCUGGCGAACUGUUGAGAGAGAUAGAAAAGGCUUUUUGCGAGACGUCUCACGUUCCCGAUGACCUCCUCCUGGCGCUGAAGUUCGUCUUUGGGGCUUCUGCCGUCCCUGCUCUGGACUUGGUGGACCGCCAGUCAGUCACACGAAUCACAUCUCCCAGCGGAAGGCGGGUCUACCAGGUGGUUGGAAGCUCAGGCAAACACUACACUUGUUACGCCUCCUGCCACUUCUGCUCUUGCCCGGCCUUCAUGUUUUCUGUCCUCCGGAAGGGCGACAGCCUCGUGUGUAAGCACCUUCUCGCUGUCUACCUCAGCCAGGCACUCGGGUCCUGCCAGGAGCUGACUGUCCCAGACAAGCAGCUGACCAGACUCUUGUUGCAAGAGGAGGAGGAGGAAGAAAGAUGAAGACCUCGGCCUGGGGUUCGAGAGAGAAUCCUCUCCUGCUCCUCUACAAACAGCCUCCGAGAUUCUGUAAGGGAACAGAGAACCUGUGUGUGGCUGCCUGGACGCUGCUGGACACCAACUCCCAUCAGCCCUUUGCAGUUAGCAGUGGCUGAUGGUGAGGGACACUGGGAGUUGUGGUCCAAGCAGACCUGCUGUAAGAAGCAGCAGUGAAUACUCCACAGGAGUGAUGCCUCUGUUUAGAAGAGGCCUUCCCUCCGGAGAGAAGGGUAUCCAGACAUCCUUAGACUCCAACUCCCAUCAGCCCUUGCCUCCAGCAAUGGCUAGUGAUGGGGGUUUGAAUUUGACAUUGUCCGACGGGCCAUGGGGUUUCAAGAAAGGAGCGAGAGCUUUAACCCAAACUGGGAUCAGUGAAAGAUUAUAUCCCCCUGCUCUCGCUGUCCAUUUGGCUUCUGGGGGAAGCAGGUAAGACGUCUACCUUGGACCUCUAAUAGCUCCAGGCAGACACUUAGGGUCACAUUACAAUUUUUGUAUAUGUGCAUGCAAGAAAAUGAAAGCUUUUAUGUGUGUUGGUGGGCGGGGGGUUAAAUUCUCCCAGGGCCACCAAACAUAAGUCUGGUUCUGCGUUCCCAAGCUGAAUGUGUCUGCUGAGCUUCUGUGGGGGCACAUUUGAAUGUAGAACUCCACCCUGCGUUCAGCUUCCUGAGCCAAUCGGCUUUGUUUCAAGUUUCUAGUCCUUAUUACAGGGAAGAGAAUGCUGCUGUGAUGUAUAUAGAUAAAGUCAAUUGGUUGUUUUUCCAGGCAGGGGCUGUAUGCCAAAGGUGAGCUAGGCCACCUAUUUUCCCUCUUCUUUGCACCACCCCUUCUCUCGCUCUUUCUCUUCCGCCUUUCUUUCUCUCGUUCCCUCCCUUCCUUCCCCUCCCAGAAGGCUGCCCCUGGGAGAGGCAAAUCGCUCUGGCCUAAACUCAUCGCUUGCAGACAGCCUCUCCCCUCUUACCAGUGCAACCUUUUCACCCCAUCCAUCCCACUUCUCUCGCCCAGCUCCCCCCUCACCUUAAAUCAGGCUGUGGAGCUCCGAGUAUUUGAGUAGGAGAGGGAAGCCGCAUGUUCUGUCCCAACACCAGCACUCAGCCCUGAAGCUCACCAAGUGAUCUUGGGCCAGGCACUCGGGCACAAUGUCUAACCAACCUCCCAGGGUUGCUGUGAGGACAAAAUUGAGAGGGCAACAGUGGGUGCCCCCUGGGUUCCCUUGCAGGGGAAAGGCAAGGGUGCCAUUCAGAAGUCAGGUGUGAAGUGUCGCCUGUCCCAAACCGCAGAACACGCUUCCAGCAGAGAUGCGGCAGGCACCCUCGCUUUUUGGCUCUCGGGCGUCUCUUGAAUAUCUUUUCGUGCAUUUUGCAGCUCUUCCUUUUUUACUCUGAGGAACCACUCGCCUUAAUGGUUAUCCGUUUAUCUUUCAAAUGGCAUUUUGUGUUUUAGCGCUUUACCCCACCCUGUUAUUCCACGAAAUAGCUGUACAGGAAUACUUCUCUAUGCAAUAAAAAAGCUAAAUUUAAAUAAAGUAAUAAAUAGUUGGAAGGCUGUGGCAGGUAACAUCUGAUGAAACCUCAGAAGCCAGAGGAAUAGUUAAAUAUUAAGUUUUGUUUGGGUAUGAGAUUUUUUUGAGGUGUGUGUGUGUUUGAAUGCACUAUCCCCCCCACUGUUUCGGGGGGUUCGGAUUUUUCUCACUGAGGAAAUGACAGCACCAUACAGUUACCUCAAACAAAAGUGACCACCUGUCAAGGCUGCCCAUUCCAUUUAAAGCCCUGAUUAGACAGCCUUUUCUCUCUCAGUAUCAGAUAUAACCCAAAAAGCACAAUGCUCAGGUUUCCAUGUGAAUUAAAACACAAUACAUUGACAGCGAUGUAGAUUUUGGCCCUCAACAACUCUCCUUUUAUUAAAGGAAGAAACUGCUACCACUGGGUUCCCUUGUUUCUGAAUUAAAACCAAUUUGUUCAGUCAAUGCCCCCCCCCCAAAUCCCCUUAACUCUGCCCUUUCUGCACCAAGUUUUAAGGGGAAAAACAAGCCCACAAUUUAUAUGUAAAAUGAUUUCCCAUUGGAGAAUACUAGCAGCAUCAAACAACUGAUGGCCAUUCUUUUAAUUUUUUUUAAAAGGCGGUUGCAGGGCAAGAGAGAGAAACAGACACAAACACACAACAUUCUUAGUCAAAACAACAAAUCCAUCACGUAUGUAUUUUUUAAAAGUUGUCUUUGAACAAUGAAAAAAUAACGACCUCAGCACAAGAAAGCGCGAGAGCAGCAUGGUUGGGAAACUGGCCCUUGUUCCAGAGGCAGGAAUUCGGCGUGAUUUUCUUUUCUCUCUCUUUCAAAAGGAAAAUAUAAAUCUCACCCCCCCCUCUCUCUCUCACCCACACCC